UUUGAUCAUUUUUUCCAUCACCAAUUACAAUUACAAACCUUUUGCCCCUUCCAUUUCUUCAUUUAUUUUCCUCUUUCCCAUUUUCUUAUUUUUCAACUUUAUUCCAAUGGCCAGUGUUGAGGUUGAAUCUGCACCAGUAGCAGCAGUAGAGACUGCUCCAGCUGAGGUUGAGGCUACCCCAGCUCCAGAGGUAACCAAGGUGGAGGAACCAGCCCCAGUUGUAGAAAAGGAAGUCGAGGUCGAAUCAGCACCAGCACCAGUAGAAGAAGAGGCUGCUCCUGUUGCGGAGGAAGCAGCAGCCCUUGUAUCUGAAGAGCCUGCAGCUGCAGAACCUGCAGCCGCAGUGGCAGCUGCAGUAGAACCUGUUGCAGCCCCAGUUGAGGAACCUGCGGCUGCAGAAGAACCUGCAGCCGCAGCUGAGGAACCGGUGGCUGCAGCACCCGUUGAGGAGGCUGCAGCACCCGAAGCUGAACCAGAAGCAGUCCCAGUUGUGGAACCGGAAGCAGAGAAAGCAGAGGAAGCUGCCCCUGUAUCUGAGGAACCAGAGAAAGUUGAAGAGUAAAUUCAAUGGUUGAUGAAUGACGGUUUUUUUUUUAUUAUUGAAGUUUGGUUGUGUUUAUUUUGCUUCUUAGUUGAGUAUUUUAUUUACUACUAUUAUUACUAUAUUUUAAUAUAAUAUGGUUACAAUGAGGGCAUAUGUUAGUAUUAACAUAUGUCUAGGUCUAGGUGGUCGGGUGGGAUAUUUUACAUAGUUUUUUUAAAGCUAUGUUUGUUAUCUUGUCCAGGGUUCAGUUUAUCAUGGUUUGAUUAAAGAUGAUAUGAGAUUUGAUCUCUGGUUAUGAUAAUAAUAAUAAAGGGGUAAUAUCUUUUUUGUUGUUUUA